UAAAGUUGGCUGGGCAGGCAGCAGAUAUUAAACAAAAAUUUCAACUUCGAAGAAAGAAAUGGAGAGAUAAACUUCUCCAGCCACCUACUCCAACCUCAGGUGAACUGAAAAGAUUAGAUGAAGAAGUGAAGGAAAAUUUAUCAACAAAACUUCUAAUCCAGGAUGAUUUUACCGAAGCUGAUCCUCUUCAAGAUUUGACAGGGUGGGAGAAAAUACUGAAAACUAUUCUACCAAAUAGUUUUCACCCACAGUCCCAGAUGAUUACUGUAUGGUAUUGCAUAUUGAUGAUGGCCCUUCUAUACAACGCCUGGACUAUCCCACUCAGAACAAGUUUUACUCUAUAUCAGACUCCUGAGAACACAAUAUACUGGAUGAUAGGGGAUUAUAUAAGUGAUUUCUUCUAUUGGUCAGAUAUUCUACUAAUCAAGCCUCGUAUGAUGUAUCUGAAUGAACAUGGAAUUUACGAAUCUCAGCGAAGAAAUAUGUUUAUCAAUUAUAUCAAGAAGGGAGAUUUUAAAACUGAUUUAGCUUCAUCACUUCCCUUUGAUGUUUUCUAUAUAUUCACAGGAGUCAGAGGAACCACGUCACUUCUCAGGCUGAAUAGAAUUUUGAAAAAUUAUACUUUUACCCGAGCAUUUGAUAGAUUGGACGCCGCCAGCCCUCAUCCAACAGUAGUUCGGCUUGUCAGAACUGUGAAUAUUAUGCUGUAUUUAAUUCAUCUGAACGCAUGCGCAUUCUACGCAUUCUCAGCCUGGGAAGGACUAGGCAGCAAUAAGUUUGUUUAUAGUGGGGUCGGUAGUGCAUACAUCAGAUGUUUCUAUUUUGCUGUAAAAACUGCAAUGUCUAUUGGGAAGAACCCUAAGCCCCUGGUGGACAACCCUUACGAGAUCUUGUUCAUGGCGGUCAGCUGGCUCAUGGGCAUAUUCGUCUUCGCUGUCCUCAUUGGUAACGUCAAGGACAUAAUUGCCCAAUCUACAAGAAAUCAAGAUGAAUAUAUGAAGAUAUUUGAUGCUAUAAGUCAGUAUAUGUUUAGGAUGCACUUGCCAGAGGAAACAAUGAACCGUGUAAAGACUUGGUGCCAGUUUACGUGGAACUCACAGAAAAGUUUUGAUGAGCGCGCCAUUCUGCAAUAUUUACCCGGGAAAAUGAUGACCGAUGUUGCGUUGAACAUUCAUUUUAAAACAAUUAGCGGUGUGAAACUGUUCCAUGGUUGUAACCCUGGUCUGCUUAAGAUGAUAGUGUGUCGUCUGAAACCUAUAAUAUUUCUACCCGGGGAUUAUAUUUGUAGAAAAGGAGAUGUUGGGAUGGAAAUGUUCAUAGUUUCUAGCGGUGCAGUACAGGUGGUUGGAGGUCCUAAUGAUAGUAUUGUAUUUGUGACCCUGGGGCCUGGAGUUUGUUUUGGAGAAAUAGCUUUGCUUGGAUCAGGAGGCAUGAAUAGACGGACUGCUAGUAUUAGGGCUCAUGGAUUCACAACCCUCUUUGUUCUGUUUAAAUGGGAUUUACAAUCAGCGAUGAAGGAUUACCCAGAAGAUCAGAAUUUGUUGGCCAGAAAAGCUGCCCAAGCUAAAAAGGAAGCAGAUGCUAAACAAGCUGCUUCUAAACCUAAAAUUUCGCAAUCUGAAGAGAUUGUAUUUCCUACAAGGAGAGAGCCUCAGCUGAUUAAAACUGUUAUUCAACUUCUUCCAGAAUCCCACCCUCUAGCAGACAAGAAUAGAGGAAAUCAAGACGCAACUGAUGACACUAAGAAUAAAGAAGAAGGAAGAGAAAUUAUCCAAGUUGAAACAAUCACUACUUCAUUGAAUUUUUAAUUCAGAUUUUUUUUUCAAAUUUUUUUUUGUGUGUGAAAUGAUUGAAUUAUUAAUAUCUACUAUAAUCCUAAUAAUUUAUUUGUAUUUUCCUGUUUACAUGAAUAUUUAAUAAUCUUACUUUA